GCGCAGCAAGAUGGCGGCGCCGGAGACGGAGGCGGCGGCGGCGGCGGCGGCGGCGGCGGCGGGGCCCGGGCCAGGCCCGGAGCAGGUGACCAGUAACGGGAGCGCCGGUGGCGGCGAAGCGGCGGCGGCCGAGACGCAGCGGCAGCAACCGGCGCCCAACGCCUGGCAGGUCAUCAAAGGCGUCUUGUUCCGGAUUUUUAUCAUCUGGGCCAUCAGCAGUUGGUUCCGCCGCGGGCCGGCGCCCCAGGAGCAGAGCAGCGCUGGUGGGACGCCGCGAGCUCCGAGCCGAAACCUCUUCCCUAAGGACACUUUGAUGGACCUGUACGUUUACAUCUCGGAGCACGAGCACUUUACAGAUUUCAACGUCAGCUCAGCGUUGUUCUGGCAGAAGCGAGAUCUCGUCUACGGGGACUGGACCAGCGGGGAGAACGCAGAUGGGUGUUACGAGCACUACGGGGAGGUAGACAUUUCACAGAGCGUCCAGCAAAACGGCUCUAUCUACAUCCACGUGUACUUCACAAAAAGCGGCUUCCACCCGGAUCCCAGGCAGAAAAACCUCUACAGACGCCUCGCCACGGUCCACACGUCGCGCAUGAUCAAUAAAUACAAACGACGGCGGUUCCAGAAAACCAAGAACCUUCUGACUGGAGAGACGGAAGCAGACCCCGAAAUGAUCAAGAGGGCAGAAGACUACGGUCCCGUGGAGGUCAUCUCGCACUGGCACCCCAACUUGACCAUCAACAUGGUGGAUGACCACACGCCCUGGGUGAAGGGCAGCGUGCCACCCCCUCUGGACCAGUAUGUGAAGUUCGACGCCGUCAGCGGCGACUACUACCCCAUCCUGUACUUCAACGACUACUGGAACCUGCAGAAGGAUUAUUUCCCCAUUAACGAGACCCUGCAGCGCCUGCCCUUUCGCCUCUCCUUCUGCCCGCUCUCCCUGUGGCGCUGGCAGCUCUACGCCGCCCAGAGCACCAAAUCCCCCUGGAAUUUCCUGGGAGAGGACCUGUACGAGCAGUCGGACGAGGAGCAGGACUCGGUGAAGGUUGCCCUCCUGGAGACAAACCCGUACCUGCUGGCUCUGACCAUCGUCGUUUCCAUCGUUCACAGCGUAUUUGAGUUCUUGGCCUUCAAAAACGACAUCCAGUUCUGGAACAGCCGGCAGUCCCUCGAGGGCCUCUCCGUCCGCUCCGUCUUCUUUGGCGUCUUCCAGUCGCUCGUCGUUCUCCUCUACAUCUUGGACAACGAAACAAACUUCGUGGUGCAGGUCAGCGUCUUCAUCGGGCUCCUCAUCGACCUCUGGAAGAUCACAAAGGUCAUGGACGUCAGGCUGGACCGAGAGAACAAGGUCGCAGGAGUGUUUCCGCGUCUCACUUUCAAAGACAAAUCCACGUACAUAGAGUCUUCCACCAAGGUGUACGACGACAUGGCUUUCCGGUACCUCUCGUGGAUCCUCUUCCCCUUGCUGGGUUGUUACGCCGUGUACAGUCUGCUGUACCUGGAGCACAAGGGCUGGUACUCGUGGGUGCUGAGCAUGCUCUACGGCUUCCUCCUGACGUUCGGUUUCAUCACCAUGACCCCGCAGCUGUUCAUCAACUACAAGCUGAAGUCGGUGGCUCACCUGCCCUGGCGGAUGCUGACCUACAAAGCCCUCAACACCUUCAUCGACGACCUCUUCGCCUUCGUGAUCAAGAUGCCCAUGAUGUACAGGAUAGGCUGCCUGCGGGACGACGUCGUCUUCUUCAUUUACCUCUACCAGCGCUGGAUCUACCGGGUGGAUCUCACGCGCGUCAACGAGUUUGGCAUCAGCGGGGAGGACCAGGUCUCGCAGACGACGCCGAGCCCCGCGCUGCCCGCCGGUGCCGCCGCGCUGCCCCGCCGGGCCGGCUCCCGGCGCCGCCGAGACGCAGGGACCCGCCUGACGCCUCCCCCCGGGACAAAGCGGCAGAGGACAAGAAAAAGGAUUAACCUGCUCUAACUUUAUUUUUAAAGAAGCCUAACGCGCCCCGCGCGGUCGGCUGACGGGACAGGAGGCGGAGAGGGAGCCGACGUGGCCCGCUGGGCUCCGAGGCUUUUUAUUUUCUAUUCCAGGAACUCUGGGGGAGGGUGGGUUGCGGUUCGGUGGAGUCCGUGUGCUGUGCUGUAUCCGAGGGAGCGAACCCCGUCUCUGUAUUUAAAGUCAAACUCGUCACGUAAUCAUUGUGAGCUCCAUCCCAUUGUGCAGGUGUUUAGGACAUUGUAAAGGAGUUUUCCUCGACCGAGUCGUCUCUUGUUUCCAUAAAGAGAGCUGAUUUAGCCGAAACCGGCCCCUUUCUCCUCAUUGCACUCCAGACUGGAUCGAAUAAAUUCACGUGGGUGUUGAACCGAAA